AUGGAUAAGGAAUAUGAAGAUAGUGAAGAAGAUAAAAUACUUCCUGGUACAUUAAUUCAUUUAGACGAAAAAUCUUCUCCUUCUGCUCAUCAAUCUCUUCAUCAUCGACAUUCACUUAGUCUUACUUCACCAUCAUUAGUGGAACUUCAUAUUCAUUUUGAUGGUUCUUUUCGACAUUCGACAUUAUUUGAAUUAGCUCAAAAGAAAGGUAUACAACUUCCUAAUGGAAUGGAAUCAACAAUAGAAAAUUUUCUACCAUAUAUUUCUAUACAAUCGGUUUGCCAAUCUCUUGUUGAAUUUCUUGAAAAAUUUCCUUUUUUUACACCAAUUGUUGCCGGUGAUGUUGAAGCACUUGAACGUGUUGCAUAUGAAUUCGUUGAAGAUCAAGCUAUACAAGAUGUACUUUAUACUGAAACUCGUUAUAGCCCGCAUUAUUUAACAGCUGGUAAACUUAAACCAGAGGAUGUAAUCGAAGCAAUUAAUCAUGGUCUUCAGCGUGGAAUGAAAGAGUUUCAUGUCGAUGUUCGAACAAUUUUAUGCUGUAUACGACAAAAUCCUGAAUGGUAUGUUGAAACGAAUUAA